AUGUCGGAAAUUGAUUAUCCUCCGGGAUGUCAACCUGUUACAGCAUCUUCAAACAACAACGAAUUGAUCAAAAGAUUGAGAGUGAGUUUAUUUCAUAACUUUUGUACUCAAAACCUGGAAAUGUUACAGGCUAUUGCUGAUGCAUUGCAUGAUUGUCCACCAAAUCGAGAAUAUGGAGAACAAAAUCGAUUUUUAAAAUUAUUCAAGCAUCUUUCGAAUGCGAAAUUUAUGGAUAAUUCGAAUCGCGAUGUCCAAAUUUAUCUUGCAAUUUGUCUCGCAAGUAUUCUACGAUUAUUUUCUCCUGAAAUGCCAGUAACUGAAGCACUUCAACUAAAAGAACAAUAUCUUUUCAUUUUUCGAGUUUUAAAUAAUUUUGGAGAAGUUACAAUUAACAGCCCAAUGUUCAAAAGAUAUCAUUAUUUGGUUGAGGUAAGUUGUAUCUUCUGGGUUUUUCAAUAAAAUAUAAAUAUCUUCUAGGUUAUCGAAGUUAUCCUUCAACCAAUGUCUGAAAUGAAAGAUCUUGAUGAUGAAGAAGCACUUCCAGUUUAUCGAUCAUUGAUCAAAGCAGUUUUGAGUGUUCCAUGUGGAAAAGGAUGGGAUAAAAGUAGAUUGAAGGGAAAACAAAAGAUUAUUGAAGAAGAACAAGACGAAGAUAGUGAAGAAAAUGAUGAGGAAACUGAUGAUGAACAAAUUACUUUGAAGGUAAUUAUUAUUCUCUAUUAAUUAUCAUACUUAAUUAUAUUUUCAUUUAAGAUUAUAUCAAUGUUAACAUCAAUAGCUGUUAGUGCUUUACAUGAGCUUGAUCAUGUUCCUGUUUCGAUUCUCGAUGUUCUAUUUUUCUACAUCGUUGAACCGCAGAAAUCCAAUUUUUUGGAUGCGAAUCGAAUGAGUCGAGAGAUUUUACAAAAAGCACGAAAUCAGAUCGAACCAUCACUUCAGGAUAUUUUGAGACAAUCAAUGAUGUUUGGAGAAUUGCCAAAUGGUUUUGAUAUGACUGGAUCUGCAAGUCGAGCAAAAUUAUUUGAUGUUAUAAAAUCUUUAUAUCAAAUUGAUCAUACCAUGGUUUCACAAGCUAUUUCGUUUCUUUGUAGAUGGUUGGAGGUAAGAAUUUGUGUAGUUUUUGAAGAAACAAUUCUCAUUUUUUCAGUCGGAACAACCAGCUGAUCGUCAACAUGCAGUUCGCCUUGUCGGUUCUUUAACUCGCGAAAGAUCGUGUCAAUUCGGACUAUCCUCUGAUGAUCCAACGUGGAAGGCUUAUAUGAAGUGCGCAAUUGAUGAAUCAGCCGAUGUUCGAAAAGAAUUUGUCCAUCAAUCAAUAUAUGUUCUAACUUCGAUUCAUUCUCAUUUACGCGGUCCUGUUUCAAACAGUCUUCUUCGAAUGUUGAAAGAUACUGAUGAAAAUGUUCGGGAGACCACGAUUUCCACAAUUAUUCAAGUUGCUAAAAUCAAACUGGAAUCUGUCAGUGAGCAAUUAUUAAAUGCAUGUGCACAGAAAAUGUUGGAUAAAAAGGUAAGAUCUUUUAAAAUUAACAAUCAAUCAUUGAUUCAUAUUAAGGUAUCUGUGAGAUUGGCAGCUGUUAAAAAUAUAAUGUCUUUAUAUCAUCAUGUAAUGACUUCUCAACCUCAAACCGAAUAUUUGCUUCGUCCAGGAAUGUCAACUGAUAAUCAAGAAAUUGAAAACGAAUCAACAUAUACCGAUUCAGAUCGUGAUUCUGUUGCAUUUAUUCCAAAAGCUGUUUUCAAUGUAUAUCGAUUGGCUUAUACAAUGCCUGAUCUAAUUGAUUCAAGUGCUUUGAUCUCUCGAUAUUUCCAAUUAUAUUUUGUACCUUAUAAAUGCGAACCAAAACAACGUGUUGAAAUAAUGGCCAAAUUGAUGAGAAAAUUGGAUAGUCAAAGUAUUAGUGUUUUUCGGGAUAUUGUUCAAACAUCAUCCGCUAUUAGAAGAGCAUUGAUUGGAAUUUGUCAAGAAGUUUCGAAACAAACUGAUGAUAAUAAUUCGAAAAUGGUUAUGUUGAAAUUGAGAAUUAGUAAAUUGUCGAAAAUCUUUUCGGAUUCUGCAGUUGUGAGUUUUUUGGUUGAAAAGUUAAACUUAAAUUUGAAAUCGACAAACAAUUCGAAUAAUUUUCCAGAUUGAACGAAUUUUAAUGCGAUUUGUGAAUCAAAUGUCGGAAGACGAGCAAACUUUCGAACAUGUCAAAUACUUGAUUUCGGAUGAUUAUACAACUGAAGGAGUUCAAACAAAUGCGCAGCAACUAAUUCAAAGAACAAUUGAAAGAAAAACAAUAAGCGCAAAACAGGAUAAUAGUUUUAUUGCAUUCAGAAGAUUUAUGGAUCGAUGUUCGCCUUUAAUUAUGGAUUCAGAAGCGGCAAAAGUAUGUGAUUUUCUUGGAAACAGUUGGGCUUGACUUUUUAUCUUUAAAUGAUAACUUUAUGAUCAAAUUUUAUGCAUUUUCUUUCAAAAAAUUAGCUGCCCACUACAUUUUAUUGUAACAUUUCCAUUCUAAUUGAUCCUAUUUUCUUCUUUCAGUGUUUGAUUGAUCUUGUUGCAUCUACAGUAAUUGGAAGAGAACAAAAAAAGAAACAAUGUGAAGAGAAUUAUAAAUCGGAUUUAAUUCUUCUCGAAAUUUGGACUGAUCAUUUCGCUCACAUUUUCACGAGCGGCGAAAAUGUAGAGAAAAUUCGAAAAGAUAUUUUGAGAUCUGAUGAUCAUCAAGCUGUUGAAACUGGAUUGUCUGCAAUCAACUCGAUUUUUUCGAUUUCUGGAUUCAGAAAUCGAUUGAAUUCGGAUGAAGGAAAGAGAAAAUGGUCAGAUCGAUUUAUCAAUGGAUUGUUUGCGGAUUUGAAUGGUUGGUGUUUAAGAUUAUGAGAAAUUAAAAAUUCUGUGUUUUUCAGAAAUAAUAUUGCGAGAAGAGCCGGAAUUCAGAAGAAGUUCGAAAUUAGCUGUUAGAUUAUUGAAAGUAUUAGGAAUAGAGAAAGCUGUUGAAUUUUGCGAUGAAAAUUUGGAUGUGAGUUUGAGAUUUUUAUGGGACGAAAAAACAGAAAAGAAAAACUAAUUUAAAAAAUUGGAAAGAGUGGAAAGAUCUAUGAUUUUUUGAAAUAUUUUAUAAAAAUGUGUUUUAUAAAAAUGUAUGAAAAAAUAUGUUUAAUAAAAAUUAUCCUGAAAUUUUAAUAUCACUUUUUUGCAAAUAUUACCAGAAUCUCACGAGUUUAUUGAUAUUUUUAUGGAAAAAGAAAUAGACCUAUCAUUCCAAUCAAAAUCCAACGAAAUUUAUCUAUUUUUUGAAACAUAAAAUUGUUGGGAAUUCGUGAGAAAUAAAUUUCUUGAAAAGCAAUGAAAUUUCUAUGAUAAAAUUAACAUUUUUGAGAUUUUGGGAAAUUCUUUCAACAAUUCUUAUGGGCCUUUUUAAUUCUCACAAGUUACCCUAAUUCCUCUUAUAUUUUUUCCAGAUAUUAUUAUCUCGAUUAGAAUCGAAAAACUUGUCAUGUGCUAAUUCAUUCCAAGCCCUCGCUGAAAUGUUUUCUGUAAAACCCUCGAAAUAUGCAAUACAAUUCUUGGAAAUGAUUGAAAAAAAUGGAAUUAUUGAGAAAAUAUGUGAAGCGAAAGAAAAUGAAGAGGAUAUUUCACAGUUUCAAAGUGCUGUUUCCUUAAGAGAUCAUGCAAUUCCAGCAAGUACUUUAGCAAAGAUUUAUGCGAUGAAAUUGGCAACAAAAGUUCUUAUUGAGACAACUCAGGUUAUGCGAGAAGAUAUGAAUGAUUUAUUCCUCAAAAAUUUGUAUAAAUCAGCAUCAGAUAAUUUUAUUAGAAUUUUAUCGAAAAUCAUCGAAAACAAAGGAACUAUUGAUAACAAAAGCAUAAUUUCGAAUUUGGAAGUUCAACGAGGGAGAUUACGCGGAAGUGCGGCGACUUGUUUAAUGAAAUUGUGUAUUUAUCCGAAUUUUCGGGAAAAAGUUGAAGCUAGAACUAUAUUAGCAAUGUCUUAUAUGGUUUUAGAUGAGCAAUUAGUUGUUCGAAUUCAUUUUGUUAUGAGUUUAAAGAAGCAGAUCAAGAAAUGGUGAGAAUAUUUAAACAGAAACCCAUGGUUCAUAAAACUGGUGAAAAAUAGUGAAUCAAGUUUUUUUUGGUUCACCACUUUUAUGAAUCCGGACCGGGUUUUUUUUGUUGAGAAAGAGCCUUGGAGUUUUCCCAAAAUAAAUUUUUUUGCAGUCUUCCCAUCGAUUUUGCGGCUUGUUUUGCAUUGUCUUCUUUAUUGGAUGAUGAAAGUGAAGAAACAAAAGCAUUCAAAAGACUCUGUUUUGAUUUAUCCGUCACGAUUUAUAGCUCGCAAACGACUGAAAUUGCCGAUAAUUCAAAUUUACAAGGAUGUAAGUUUUUGAUUUAAAAAAGGCAUACAUGGCAUAUUCGCCCAACAGACCCUGCAAUGUUGUUCGGAAAAAUCAGAAAAACAGAAAAUGUUGUUCGGCCGUGAAUUCUCAUUAGCUACCCGCCCAAAUCAAAAUUUUCAUUCCGGCGUGAAUUCAAAAUUUCCAUAAUGACCCCCCCCCUCGAAAAAUUUUUCCAAAUGUCAUGAUCUCCCCCUCACAGUUUUGGGAGCAGUGCCAUGUAUGAAACUGGGACGCCUUGUGUAAAGCUCAAAAUUCUGACUUUUCAAAUUCUGAAUGGUUUUCUUAGAAAGUUAUUUUUUUUCGCAAUCAAAGAAAUGUAUAAGAAAUUCCUCAAAAUAACACUAAUAAACACCAAUUCUAAACGUUUUUCUUUUAAAAAUUCAUUUUCCUGUUUUGCAGCUUCGCGUGUAAAAUUUGUUAGCGAACCAGUAAUUGCUUAUCUAUUCUGGCUACUCACACAUUGGCCGAAAUUCUCAGAAGUCGAAGAUAUUUCCGCUUUAUGCGAAGUUCGUGAAAGUAUUUGGACAAUGAUUGAAGCACAAAGAAAAGCCAAAUGUGAUAUGCAAAUUGUGUGGCAAACUAUUGAAUUAUUGCGAAAAUAUGGCGAUCGAAUGAUUCGAGAUGAAAAUGGUGGAGCAAAAAAGAAAAUCGAUGAAACUAUGGAACAUAAUAAGAAAUUAUGGGCGAUGACUGAUUUGGCAACUUAUUUGAUGCUUUAUCGCGCUAAAAUUGAACAGAAAAAUGCGGGAGUUAAUGCGCCGCCAGCUGUUAAUCGACAAUAUUUUUAUAAUUGUCCACAGAAAACUGAUUUAACUGAAGUUUAUAUUCCGGAUGAAUUGAUUGAUGAUGAAAAACAACGAAAUGGAAAAUUGCCGAAAAAAGGAAAAGCCUAUUUUCAACAUAAAACAAAUGUUUCAAAAAGUCAUGCAACAAAACGAAAAUCGCCGAGAUCGAAAAAAGCACCGAAUUCUUCAUUUACACUUUUUGAAGAGGAUGAAAAUGAGGAAAUUAUGAUUGAGGAUAAUAUAUCAGAUAUUGCUGACAAAAGUGUAUAUGAUAUUCCAUUGAGUGAAGAGGAAAAUGAAAAAGAAGAAGAGGAAUUGGAAAAAGUGAAAAUGGGAAGAAAGAAACGAAUUUCUGCUGAAAAUGGCACAUCACCUGAGAAAAAGAAAAGUGUGAGUUUUUUUGUUGGAAUUUUUUGUGAUAAAUGUGUAUAAAAUUCAAAAUUUCAGCUAGUUGAAAAUAUUAGAAACUAGAAAUUUCACCAUUAAAAUUUUUAUUGAAAACAUAAAAUUUCAUGCAGUUUUUUGAACUGUAAAUUUGAAUUUUACUGGAAAAAAUUCCUGAAAUUUUUUAUGAAUCCCAAAAAUAUUUUAAGUUAAAAUUUUUAUUUAAAAAAUAAACCUUUCCUUAUUUUUCGCGUGAAAUUCAAUUUGGUAGAAAAUUUUCAAAAGUUUUUUAUUUACCUCCUCAAUCCAGUCAUCCUAAACUACAUGAAACCCUAGAUAUUCCCAACCAUAACUUUUUUUCCAGAGAAAAUCAAACCAUGAUCUUGAAGACACGUUGAUCUCACCAAUUGUGACUGAAGGUGCUGGAACUAGUAGAAAUACACGAAAAUCUGCGAAAUUGACUGCAUCGACGCCGUUUAGAGUUGAACAAAGUCAGGUGAAAAGAAGAGGAAAAAGAUCGGCGGCGAAAGUUGAAGAAGAAGAAGAAGAAGAAGAUGAGGAAAAUGUAGAAGAAGAAGAGGAAGAAGUUGAAAAAUCACCGAAAAAAAAGAAUCAGAAUGGAAAACAGAAACAACCAGUUGUCACUACGGUAGGGGUUUUUUUUGAGAAAAAAAUUUUGAAUUUCUCAUUUUCUGUUCAUAGACUCAGAGAAUUUCUUCAUGAACCCCAAAAUAUCAAAAUUUUGCAGACCCGAAGUUCUCGCUCACGUGGAUCUGCCCCCGAACCAAUAACAUCUCCAAAACCCAAACGAGGAAAUUCAAAAAAACAAUCAAAUGACGUUUUCGAUAUUCCACAAGAUGAUGAUGAACCAAUCAAAACCAAACCAAAAAGAAAAGCUAGGAAAUAA